AUGAUCUUACCUAGUUUGAGGAUGGGUCUCUACUUGGUUUGGAAAAAUAAAGAAACAAAAAGUUUAUUCUUACCAUAAAAUAUUUUGAAGAAAUUUAUAAAAAACCCACUGAAAGCUGUUGCAAGGAUAAAGGAAUUAGUUGGAGAAGAUGAUAUUCUUAAUUAUGAAGUAAUAGUUACUCUAAGUGAAGAUAAAUAUACAAAACAAGCAUAUAGUCUCUUAAUUGUUCAAAACAUUCAUAUGAUAUUGGAAUCUAAUGAGCAAACUGAUGUAAUUAUAUACAAGCCUAGAGAUAAUUUCUCAGACAGAUUGCUUAAAGUCCCUGAUGUCUUUCAAGAUUAAUUAAGAAUUGAUUCCACAGUAGGCUAGAUUGAAGUUUUUUUAUAAUUCAUCUAGCAUAAAGGCACCUAAAAUAUCAGAGAUAAGCUUUACCAGAUUAAUUUCAACUAGAAUACUUAUAACAAACUGAUGGAUGAAAUAAGAGACUUGCUAUAUUUCCUAUAUGACUUCAAAUUUUUUGAAACUUAUGACAUUUUGAAUGAGUCAAGUGUUUUCAUGAGUAAAAGACUUACUAUUGCAUCUAGUGUAUCCUCUUCAACUGAAAGUGAAUACAUCUAAGAUGAUGAUCUCAAUUCUAGAGAUAUCUCUCCAAAUGAAAGUCAAAUUGAGGAUAUAAUCAAAGAUAAGAUCAUUUUGGAAUAAUAGUCUGAGUAUGACAAAAGGACGAAAUAAAAAUGCUCUUAGUAGUAUAACUAAGAAGGAAAUGAUCAUUAAAGAAAACUUUCAAUAAUUGUAGAGGAAACAAAUGAAUCAUUGGGACUCAGCUUUGAUCAUAGAAUUUAUCCAGAUGAAUAGUCUUAUAUAGAGGAAAAAGCUGAGGAUAAUUAUGCGACAUCUUUUGAUAUCAUUUAACUGUAGAAUUGUGAGAGAAAAUAAAAAUAGAAGGCCAUUGAAAAUUCUAUAGUUAAAUAAUCUCCAGUUCCAAUAAUUCCGAAUAUUUCAAUAAAUUUUCCAAUUAAAAGUCGCUAACUUAGUAACUAACCCAAAUCUCAAACUUAAAUCAGCUAAGUGUGCCAAGAAAUAUAGAGUGAACCAAUUGUAUAGAGAUAUUCAGAUUUUAUUUAAUGCAAUCUUUGGCCUAAUCCAUCAUUAUCAUAGACAUUCCAGUUCAUAAUUGAUGCGAAACCUGUAAUAUUCUAAGAAGGCAUUUAAAACUAGAUAAAAUUGCUGAAGAACAGAAGUCUAUCAAAGAAAUAUCUCCUUGGAUCGUUGUUUCAAAGUAAAAAUCAUAGAAACAGAAAGACAGUAUUAGGGCUUUAAACGACUCAUUCAGCACCAAAAUUAAGAGAGUUGGAAAAAUCAUUGUUCAAUAUGCCUAGACAACUAAAACCGGAUCAGGAAGAGUAUAAAAUUGUGAUUGAGCAAACAGAUCAGUCAGUCAAGAAUGGAUCAGAGUAAUCCUUUAUGGAAAUACCAGAAAUUUCAGUUACACAGUCAUAGCAUUAACUGACUUAGUUCCAUAGGAGAUCAGUCUCAAGAAAAACUGAGGAAGGAAAGCUUUCUAUAAUAUCUUAGAAUUAAUCGAAAUUCUCUAGUCAAUGUGAGUAAUUUCUGAUGAUGAGUCCUCAGGAGUCAAGAAUAAAAACAGAAAGAAAUACAUACACUUAAAAGCAUACAACCCCACCAUCUGGAGAGUUCAAGAAUUAUUUAGAUACUGAAAUGGAUUUGAUUAGUGAAUAAAAGGUAGAAGAGGAGAAAGUAAAUCACCAGAAAAAUUUAAAUCCCAAUCAGCAGGAUGACUCUGAGGCAUAAUCACUUAUAAUGAUUCUGAGUCCAUCUGAUGCAUAAUAUCCUCCAAAUGAAAGUAAUCCGAUCAGUGCUUUUGACUGUAAAGAGCCUCUCAAUGAAAUAAACUUAAAUAAUAAAACUAAUGUCUAUGAGAUGGUAGUUGAUCCAAGCGUUAAAUUUAAAAGUAUCUAAAAUUCUGGGGCAAAACAAUCGGUUAUUCAUCAUAAAAGGAAUUUUAACUCAGUAAACUAUGAAGAGGUUAGAACUAAUUCAAGGCUGAGAGAGGAGCAAGAAGCUAUCAAAUAAAAGCAGCAAAUAGACUAAGAUCGAAAGGAAAAGAUUUUAUAGUCAGUUAAGAGUGGUAAAUUCGUGAUUAAAAGUAAAAAGUCUACUUAGAGUGGGAGGAUGAAAUAUAAAUAAGUUAACUCAACUAUAUCAGAUACCAAUGUCUCUGAGUACAAAUCAUCAAUGAUUAACUAGUCUAUCAAAGACAAUAUAACCAUCAUAAGUAGCAUAAACAAUGACUAAAUCAACCACAACUCACAGAAUAACAAAUAGUCUAGAGACAAUUCGAUGAAUGAAUCAAAUGUGAUGUGUAAACAUUGCAAAGGCACCAACUGGAAUCAGAAGUACAAUAUGCCUUGCAGUAACUGUGUUGAUACACCUCUGCUUUCUGCAAGAAAAGUAGAAAAAAGCUUCAAACGAAAGAAAAAUAUGGAUUAUCCGAGAUAAAUGUCUCAUCCCUAAUCAAAUUAGAAUAAUGAGUGA